AUAUGUGUUUGGAUGGAUGUAUUGCUGAAUAUUACGGCAAACGCUGCCUGCAUGCCUGUAUAAGCAAUUGUGAGACGUGUACAGGUGCGACCUCUUGUACAAAAUGCAAACCGGGAUACUAUGGAGACUACUGCAAAAAAUGUCCUAAUAAUUGCUUAAUUUGUUCAUCAUUAAGCAAUUGUGACAGCUGUAAAGCUGGAUUCUAUAACGGUAGACUGCACGACAUCAUUACAAAUCAGUUUAAUUCUGAUUGUCGACAUGAAUGUAAGGAUGAUUGUAAGUCAUGCACAUCAUACAAUAUGUGCAUUGAAUGCGAGGAAGGAUUUUACAGUGGUAAACAAUACGCGAAUAGCAGUGUUGAACAUUCCGACUGCAGAUAUAGGUGUCAGAGUGAUUGUAAAACAUGUACAUCAUAUAACAACUGUACCAAAUGUGUGGAAAGUAAAUAUAACAACAUUUAUUCUAACUGUACAGAGAGUUGUCUUCCAGAUUGUAAGGCAUGUACAUCAUAUGACACAUGCACCGAAUGUGUAGAUGGUAAAUAUAACACUAUUUACAGCAACUGCAGCGAGAGUUGUAAGUUAGAUUGUAAGGCUUGUACGACGAAAAAUACAUGCACUAAAUGUGUAAAUGGUAAAUAUAACAACAUUUACAGCAACUGCAGCGAGAUUUGUCCCUUCGAUUGUAAAGCUUGCAUAUCAUCUGAUAAUUGUUCUUCUUGCCAUUCUGGCAAAUAUGGAGUUUCCUGUCAGGAUGACUGUGGAAUCGGUUGCGUAAAUCACCAAUGUGACUUCCGUAGUGGCAACUGCACAUGUAUACCAAAUUUUCAAGGUGAUAGAUGCGACCAGUGUGUGGACGGUACAUACGGACCUAACUGUAACAUUUCAUGUCCUUCGGGAUGCGCAAAUAAUUCAUGUAACCUCAAUGGCAAUUGUUUGGGCUGCAAGGCAAUGUUUUCUGGAGAUACGUGUGAGUGUGGUUUCAGUAAAUAUGGAACUGAUUGUAAUAACACAUGCCCUCCGAACUGCAAAAACAGUUCAUGCAAUAACAAUGGUGAAUGUUACAGUUGCAAAACCGGGUUUUCUGGAGACACUUGUGACGAAUGUGUUCCUGAAAAAUACGGAGCUCAUUGUAAUCUAACAUGUCCUACAAACUGCAACAAUAUUUCAUGCCAAAGGAAUGGUGAAUGUUACAGUUGCAAAACUGGGUUUUCUGGAGUCACGUGUGACGAAUGUGUUCCUGGUAAAUACGGAACUUACUGUAAUCUAACAUGUCCUACAAACUGUAACAAUAUAUCAUGCAAAGGCAAUGGUGAAUGUUACAGUUGCAAAACUGGCUUUUCUGGAGUCACGUGUGACGAAUGUGUUCCUGGUAAAUACGGAACUUAUUGUAAUCUAACAUGUCCUACAAACUGUAACAAUAUUUCAUGCCAAAGGAAUGGUGAAUGUUACAGUUGCAAAACUGGGUUUUCUGGAGUCACGUGUGACGAAUGUGUUCCUGGUAAAUACGGAACUUAUUGUAAUCUAACAUGUCCUACAAACUGUAACAAUAUUUCAUGCCAAAGGAAUGGUGAAUGUUACAGUUGCAAAACUGGGUUUUCUGGAGUCACGUGUGACGAAUGUGUUCCUGGUAAAUACGGAACUUAUUGUAAUCUAACAUGUCCUACAAACUGCAACAAUAUUUCAUGCCAAAGGAAUGGAGAAUGUUACAGUUGCAAAACUGGGUUUUCUGGAGUCACGUGUGACGAAUGUGUUCCUGGUAAAUACGGAACUUAUUGUAAUCUAACAUGUCCUACAAACUGCAACAAUAUUUCAUGCCAAAGGAAUAGAGAAUGUUACAGUUGCAAAACUGGGUUUUCUGGAGUCACGUGUGACGAAUGUUUUCCUGGUAAAUACGGAACUAACUGUGAUAUUCCGUGUACAGCGAUGUGUGAAAAUAAUUUAUGUAGAAGAAAUGGCGAAUGUUAUAGUUGUAUUUCUGGGUUUUCCGGGAGCAGGUGCAAUCAUUCCGAAAAUGCCAUUACACAGACGGGGCCAGAUGGAGAUAACAUGGGAGUAACAAUUGGGGCAGCAGCAGGGGGAGGUGUCUUCGUAUUGAUUAUAAUAUCUGUGAUUGUUGUUGUCGUGCUACGUGAAAGACGCAAGGGAAUGGGUAAAUCGGAGGAAAACGACAUGACAGAAAUAGUUGAUAAAACAGAUCAUGUAGUUAUGAAGAAUAGUGAAGUCAUGACUAGUGGUAUUUCUGAUGAAACAAACGAUCCCGUGUACGCUGUGCCCAACAAACCGAAGAAACAAGUUGAAAGGACAAAGUCUUCUGACGACAAUACCUCUAUAAAGGCAGUCAGCAGUCCAAACUACGAGAAACCCAAAACCCAGAACGAUAUUAUUGUUAUGAAUCAAAAUGAUCUCAAACAAGGAGAUCCUACACCUGAAUCAGAUUUUGGGAAAACUGAUAGUAGAGAUUCCGUCGCAGAGACCACACUUUCACAGAAUUACCCUGGUCACCUAGGGACAUUAAAUACGGAAGUUGAGGAAGAGAUUGACCUUACGGCAAUUUCUAGCAAUCAUGAAAUUGUUACAGCACAAACAGCAUCUGCGGUCGUGGAUACAUAUUACAAUGUAGCAGCGGUGAAAAGGAGAAAAAAUAUGCUCGAUCAAUUACCAGAUUUUGUAUCAAAGAAGACAAAUGAUGACUUUGCUGACGAAUUCCAGCAACUGCCGCCUGGACUUAUCAAGCCAUAUGUAGACUCACAGAGGAGAGAAAACAUAGCAAAGAAUCGUUACAGGGGAAUAUAUCCAUACGAUUGCACAAGAAUUGUACUUAGAGACUGCAGUUCUGACUAUAUAAAUGCGAGCUAUAUAGAUGGAUAUAACAAAAGGAAAGCUUACAUCGCGUCGAUAGGGCCUACAUAUAAGUAUAUGGGAGAUAUGUCUGCUUUCUGGAUAAUGGUGUGGCAGGAGAAAGUAGGCAAAAUUGUCAUGUUGACUAAACUUGAUGAAGGAGGGGCACCGAAGUGUGACCAAUACUGGCCUGAGAAAGGGUUCAGUUUGCUCUAUGCCAAUAUACAAGUCACAUGUCAAAGUGAAGAAACCUACGCUGACUACAUCAUCAGGUCGUUUACUAUUCAGAAAGACUCGGAGAAAAGGACUAUUUUUCAAGUCCAUUUUACUGCGUGGCCAGAUAAAGGCACGCCUGAUGAUGUCACAAGCUUGAUAGAAUUUUGUCAGAGGGUGAACAGUGUUAAGACUGAACUAGAAGGUCCUAUCCUUGUACACUGCAGUGCUGGUAUUGGCAGAACAGGCACGUAUAUUGCUUUAGAUAGUCUGACAGAGGAAGGUGAGGCUGAAGGCGGAGUGGAUAUAUACGCAUUUGUAAGGAAUAUGAGGGAACAAAGGGUUAACAUGGUGCAAACUGCCGAACAAUAUCAGUACCUUCACAAUGCACUGGUGCAUACAUUGACAUUUGAUAGCAAGGCUGUGGAGGCUUCCAAGUUUGCUGAAUAUAUGAAAUCGCUCACAGAGGACCAUCUUGGGAAAAAGUUUGAGAAACUGCAAGCUUCUGUUGAACAAAGAUCCGAUGAUGAGAUAGAAGCUGUUAAAAGGAACAUUGCUAUGAGAAAUAAAAACAGAGACGGUGCUGAUAUUCCGGGAGACCGUUACAGACCAAAACUGUAUCUCGACAGACAUCCGGGUUCCUCAGAUUUCAUAAAUGCAGUAUACGUUAAUAGUUAUAAAGCCAUUAACCGUUUCCUGGUAGCACAAACACCUCUACCAGACACAGUAGUUGACUUCCUAACAUUGAUUGUUCAGGAGAAAGUUUCAUGUAUUGUCAGUAUGGAAGCAAAUGCAGUCGAUGACAAGACCGUAGGGACAUACACUGCUGAUAACCAACAGGUGAAGAUCGGAACGUUCACAGUCAAGACUCAACAAAAAUUAGACACAGAUCAAUAUGUGCUGCGAAUACUCAGAAUUUCACAUAAAGGAAAACAUGGUACAGAAGAAGUGACUAUCCCACAUAUUCAGUUUACGCACUGGAAUGAUACCAAGAACACUCCGGAAGAACCAGCAAAGUUUGUAGAGUUUAUAAAAGAUGUAGAACUAAAGUUAAGUGGUAAUGAAGCAAAGGGACCGAUACUUGUGCAUUGUCUCACUGGGGCGGAGAAAAGUGGGAUAUUUUGUGUCGUUUCAAUUCUGCUGGAGAAGAUACGAACUGACCAAGAAAUAAGCGUUGUGAACACAAUUCGACAAAUCAAGUAUAGGCGACACAAAUCAAUACCAAAUAAAGACCAGUACAUCUUCUGUCACAAAUGUGUAAAUGAAUAUAUACGUUCGUUUGAUUCCUACUCAAAUUUUGAAAUGAAAACAUAGAGUUCCGCUUAUCAAACGAAGAAGAAAGUAUAUAUAUAUAUAUAUAAAUUUAAUAAACACUCAACAGUUCAGUGUACAGAAAAAUAUCGGUUAUAGAAUGUAAGGACGAAGUGAAUAUAUAUGUAUAAUCACUGCUUGAUGACAGACUUGUGAGGAGAUGGACACAGCCCCGUUUUAGAGUUCAAAGUAUUACUAUUAUGGUAGUUGUUACAUAUAUUAAGGAUUUUUGUGCGCGGAUUGCAAAUUGCAUUUGUUAUUUAACCAUUUGUACAUAUUUUAAUCUUUUGAUAUUGCCUAGAUUUUAAACUGUUUUCGUUGAGCUACAUACUGUUUAUGCCACAAAGGAUUGAUUUCUUCUGAUCUUUAUGCCUUAUUUCAAUUCAUGUGUUUUACUUCACUGUCUAUGUUAUAUACGUAAUGAUUUUACAAUAUUAUGUUAAAGAACCAUAUGCUAGACUGGCUAUAGCCAAAUAUGUUAUCAUCUUUAGAUAAAUUGUUACUACCAUUACUAUUAUCAUUAUCAUUAUUAUUUUCAUUAUUUCACUGUGUCAUAAAACUUUUGCCGUAUAUCUGUAAAGCCAUUACACUAUUUUGUACACAAUGUGUGUCUAUUUUGAACAAUUUAUUUAAUAAUAACAUAAUAAAUGUUUCGUUGCGACGUUGAAAACAACAAAAUAAAUAGCAUAUCUGCUCUUCAUAUUAACACGAACAUGCAAUGUGGAAAAUCUAACGUUAGAAGCAACGUUGGCUUACAAUACAUUUUUAUCUUGUUAAAUGUGAUGGAGUUCCCGUAUCCAACAAAAUUAAUGGUUAUUCAGUAACUGUGAAUUUGUUUUGAAACACAUGAAAUCAGAAUUGGUCUAUAGCAUUUUCGUUGGAACUAACUGAAAUUCAUUUGUAUUCUUAAAAGUUUUAUGCACAACAUUAUAUGUGUAUGCAUGAAUAUCAAUUUUUUCGAUCCUUGGAUUUUAUCUUUCAAUAAGGUUUAUAUGUAAAUUUAAGUGUUGUAAUGAUAUUUCUUGAAAGUUGUAAUGAUAUUUCUUGCGUAGUAGUUUGUAGGUUUCAAAGAAUGUGCAAAUGGUGAACAGGAAAAUAUGUUUCUCUCUAAUGUAAUGGUUAAGCUUACAAAUACAAUUAAAACGAUAUUAUGUUUUAAAACUUUGUUUCCUUAAAACUGAAUUAUAUUAUUCCGGCCUGUCUCAUCGGUAUACGAUAGGAUUUUUCUGUUUAAAAAAAACAACGAAAAAUCCGAAGCUUUCAAAUUCCAUAUAGGCAUUUGUCUACUGGCUUUUUCUACUAGCUACUGCAAAUACUUCAUCAAGCUGAAAAAAUAAUUGUUUCAAUAUAUAAACCCUUUCUAAUUGAAAGUUAUUUUUGCGUAAUUGGACGAUGGUAUAUAGCAGUAAAUGUACUUCGCAGAUAUACCAGUCUCAGUAACGGUGAACAUUAACAUAGUAUAGCUUUUACACAAAACUAACCUUGUAACCUUUAUAUAAUGUCAUAUAGAGCAAAAGCAACAGUUACUUCUUUAUAUUCUUUAAGAUAAUCAUCUAAGCUCUGUAGGCUAUUGUACUUAUUUAUUUAUUUGUUGUAUGUCAUUAGGAUACAGUAUCUCAUGUUACAGAUAUUACAUAACUGUAAAAUUACCAAAUACUAAAAGUUAAAGCUUUUAAAUCCAAUAUGCAACGCAUUAUUUCUAACGUCUGGCAGAAAUGGGCUAGUUUCGGGUUGAAGAUUUUUUAUUCGAAUUUACUUCUUUCGAUUUGAAAUAUACAUAAUGUAGAUAAGAGUUUCUUGUAAUUUAAUCUUUUACUAUAUUUUACAUCAUUUUAUAGUUUAAAAAAUAUGCCUCAAACUUGUAUUCAGCGGAAAAGGUGAUAGGAACUUUGAAAAUAAUCCCUUCUUUGUAAUAUACAAAUGUACCUUUAGUCUUAUUACAUUGAAAUAAAAGCAUGUAAAUCAAG